AUGAGCAGCAGUGGUGGGGACGAGCACUGGGAGGCAAAGGAGAGCCCAGCCCCAUCCAGCGUGGAAGCCACCAGGGAAUCACAGCACAGACCUCGGGCUGUCCUGCCAGGCUGCUGCAGAGAAACUCCCACCAGGAGGGUGAAGGAGCAGGCAAGCAGCAGGAGGAUGGCAGAAAUGGAGCUGGGUAAGAAGUGCCCCCUGGUGAAUGGCAGGGGUGCCAAUGGGCAGGACAGCACCUGGAUCCUCCCCAACUUGCCCAGUAAGUGCACAUGGACAGCCACAACUCCUGCCAGCAAGUCUCCACACUCCUGUGUUCCCUUGACAGAAGAAAAGAAGAUCUUGCCCAAUAUACUCAAGAAAAUUGGCUGCACCCCAAUGGUCCAAAUCAACAAGAUUGGGAAGUCCUAUGGGCUCAAGUGUGAGCUCUUGGCAAAAUGUGAGUACUUCAAUGCUGGGGGCAGCGUGAAGGACCGCAUCAGCCUCAGGAUGGUGGAGGAUGCAGAGAGAGCUGGGAUCAUCAAACCAGGAGACACCCUGAUUGAACCCACUUCAGGAAACACAGGGAUCGGGCUGGCACUGGUGGCUGCACUCAAGGGUUACCGCUGCAUCAUCGUCCUGCCAGAGAAAAUGAGUAUGGAGAAGGUCGAUAUCCUGAAGGCCCUGGGUGCUGAAAUUGUCAGGACACCGUGCACUCGCUUUGAUGCCCCCGAGUCCAACGUCCGCGUGGCCUGGAAGCUGAAAAGUCAAAUCCCAAACUCUCACAUCCUGGACCAGUACAGAAACCCCAGCAACCCCCUGGCUCACUACGACACCACGGCCGAGGAGAUCCUGGAGCAGUGUGAAGGCAAGGUGCACAUGGUGGUGAUUGGGUCUGGCACGGGAGGAACCAUCACUGGUGUGGCCAGGAAGCUGAAGGAGAAGUGCCCAGAGUGCAAGAUUGUUGGUGUGGACCCUGAUGGCUCCAUCGUUGCCCUGCCCAGCGAGAUGAACAAAACCAACACCACAACCAUCGAGGUGGAGGGCAUUGGGCACGACUUCAUCCCCACUGUCCUCGACAGAUCCGUGGUGGAUCAGUGGUACAAAAGCAACGACAGAGACUCGUUCCUCAUGUCCCGCAGGCUGAUCAGAGAGGAGGGCUUGUUGUGUGGUGGCAGCUCGGGCAGUGCCAUGUCUGUGGCUGUGAGAGCUGCCAGGGAGCUGCAGGAGGGCCAGCGCUGCGUUGUCAUCCUGCCCGACUCCGUCCGCAACUACAUGUCCAAAUUUGUGAAUGAUCAGUGGAUGAUAAAAAAUGGGUUCCUAAAUGACGCCCAGGAGCACAAGCCUUGGUGGUGGGACAUCAAGGUGCAGAAACUGAAUCUCUCGGCCCCUCUCAUCCUCCUCCCAGAGGUCAGCUGCCAAAAGGCAAUUGAGAUCCUCCAGGAGAAGGGAUAUGAUCAAGCUCCUGUUGUUGCUGAGUCAGGGCUUAUUUUGGGAAUGGUGACCCUCAGCAACACCCUGAGCUCCGUGCAGGAUGGAAAUGUGGAGUUGUCAGACCCUGUCACCAAGGUCACCUACGACCAGUUCUCCAAGGUCGGCCUGGAGGACAGCCUUGGGAAGCUUUCCUGCCUCCUGGAGAACGACCACUUUGCCAUCGUUGUGCACGAGCAGAUGCAGUUGAGUGGGAAUGGCAGCUCCUCCAGGAAGCAGACGGUGCUCGGCGUGGUCACAGCCAUGGAUCUCCUCACCUUUGCCAGCAGCAAUGACAAGAAAUAG